CAACGCAUCUCAAUUGUCCAGACAUCAAUCAGAGUCUAGAACUCUCAAGCUCCAGCCUCAGUCCGCCAAAUCAACACCUGAACCAUACAAUCAGUAAGCAGCCCUGUCUCUAUCUCGCUGUUCUUGAUGCCAUUACCCCACUCGAACCUCGCUCGCACCCAUUGUGCAACCUUCCAUCAAUCGCCCAACAUGUAUCCAUUUCCAUUCAUCAAUGUCCUGCAUAGGAGUUCAAUUUGUAUCUGGAUGGGAAAGUCACACAAGUACAACGACCGUGACCAUGCUGGCCUCGCGGACGGCUCAGCUGUUCCCGUCGAGCAUUUGCCUCGUUUCUUUGCCAAGUCCGGUUUCAUCGACGCCGACCCGAAGAAGGCCAAGAAGAACGGAGCAGGAAAGGGUGGCUGGGCUGACAAGAGCAGGGGCGUGGAUGGGGAGGAAGUCCAGGAUGAGGGCUUCAAUCUAGCCAAAGCACGCCGUCACUCCAACAGUAGCAGCUACAGCGCUGGCCUGAAGGACUUCAAGACCAAGUUCGAAACCGUCGAGCCCGAGCCGGUUUUCGAGGAAGUUCUUCACGGCGCCGAAGAAGACUACCAGGACCUCCCGGAGACCCGUCGUGUCAAUACUGAGAGUUCCGAGAGCAGUCUCGAUGAGGAUUACAAGGUUAAAGGUGUUUGA